CUCGAUCAACAGUCACGCUAACAUCCACGGAUUUCAUUGAGAAUGGCAACAGAGGCAGCUCCUUCCUUGUCUGAGAUUGUGGUCAAACCCUCCCUGGUUAACGGGGAGAAAUUCAUUAAAUGGGACGAUGAUACAGGAGUUGGAUCACCAGUGGUUCUACGCAUUGAUUCCCAUGGACACUUCCUGUACUGGACCUACCAGAACAAGCACGUGGACUGCCUAGACAUGACUGUAAUCCGUGACACAAGAAUCGGAAAAUACGCCAAAGUCCCGAAGCAUCCGAAAAUCCGGGAGAUUUUUAAUGUGGAAAACCCAGAGUCCAAUUUUUAUUCCAAGUGCCUCACGGUGGUGUCAGGACCUGAUUUCGUGAACCUGACCUUCGAUAACUUUGUCGCCUUCAAAGCCAAUGUGGUGAAGGGCUGGGCUGAUGAAAUACUCAAUCUUGCGACUCACGUGCUGUCACACAAUCCCCCUCGAUUGGUCUCCAUCCAGAAAAUGUAUACAAAGAUAAAAUUAUUUGUGAAUGAAGAGAGAAGAAUUCCAGUCAGAAAUAUUUACCAGAUGUUUCCAGCUGAUAGGAAGAGGGUAGAAGCAGCACUGGUUGCGAGUCAACUCCCCAGGCUCAAGACCGACUCGAUCAAUCCAGAAGAUUUCACUGAAUCGAUCUUCAAAGUGUUUCUGUCGCAUUUGUGUCUCCGGCCAGAAGUCAAUCAGAUCUUCGAACUGAUGGAUGUGAUGGUAAAGCCAUACUUGACUCGACAACAGCUGUCCACCUUUAUAAACACAAUCCAGAGGGAUUCCCGACUCCCUGACUUUCUUUUUAAACUAGCACAACCUGAACAAGUGCAGAAACUGAUUGAGAAAUAUGAACCUGCAAAACAUAACAUUCAUAAAGGUCACAUGUCUCCAGAAGGGCUAGUCUGGUAUUUAUCUGGGCCAGAGAACUGUCUGUUGUACCCAGACAGACUGACGGUGUAUCAGGACAUGACGCAGCCUCUGUCACAUUACUUUAUCAACUCCUCUCACAACACAUACCUCACUGCUGGCCAGUUCUCUGGGAUCUCCUCCCCGGAAAUGUAUCGCCAGGUCCUGCUGGCUGGCUGUCGCUGCCUCGAACUCGACUGUUGGAAAGGACGGCCGCCAGAUGAAGAACCAGUCAUCACACACGGCUACACCAUGACCACAGAAAUUCUCUUCAAGGAUGUGAUUGAAGCUAUCGCAGAAAGUGCUUUCAAAACGUCCCAGUACCCAGUUAUACUGUCCUUUGAGAACCAUGUUGACUCCCCGAAACAGCAAGCUAAGAUGGCUGACUACUGCCGGACAAUAUUUGGCGAUAUGUUACUGACAGAAACCAUGGAAAAGUAUCCACUGAGACCCGGAGUCCCCCUUCCCAGCCCACAGGAACUGAUGGGUAAGAUCCUCAUCAAGAACAAGAAGAACAAGAUGAGCAGUGCCAACAACCAAGAUGGGCAGAGGAGGAAGAGCAUGGUCUCAGAGGCUGAUCAGACAACACUGCAGGGAGAGAUCUCUCAAACAGGUGAGCCUGUAGAGGAGCACUGUGAUAUCGAAGAUGAACCUGAGAACAUGGAGCAGGAAGAGGCGGAGGAUCUGAAGAAGCAAGAGUCUGAUGAGGGAACUGCUGGGCAGGAAGUGACAGCGUAUGAAGAGAUGUCCAGUUUGGUCAAUUACAUUCAGCCUGUGAAGUUCCAGUCCUUUGAUGUGGCUAAGAAAAUAAAUAAAUCCUACAUCAUCUCUUCGUUCACUGAGACCAAAGCUCUGGAUCUGCUCGUCAAAUUCUCAGUUGAUUUUGUUGAGUACAACAAGAGGCAAAUGAGUCGCAUCUACCCCAAGGGGACGAGGGUAGACUCCUCCAACUACAUGCCCCAGGUCUUCUGGAAUGCUGGCUGUCAGAUGGUAGCUCUCAACUUCCAGACUGCAGAUCUGCCUAUGCAGUUGAACAACUCGUACUUUGAGUUCAAUGGGCGGAGCGGAUAUAUUCUGAAACAUGAACUUCUGCGUCACCUGGAUAAGACGUUUGACCCUUUCACCACUGAUCGCAUUGAUGUCGUUGUGUCAAACACUCUAUCCAUCUUGGUAAUUUCAGGGCAGUUUCUGUCUGAUCGUAACUCCAGAUUCUUCGUUGAGGUGGAGUUGCUGGGCCUCCCAGGUGACCCAAAGAGGAAGUACAGGACAAAGCUUAGCACCGAGCCGAACUCGAUUAACCCCCAGUGGAAGGAUGAAGAAACGUUUGUGUUCGAAAAGAUCCUUGUCCCGGAGAUGGCUUACGUAAGAAUCGCCACAUUUGAAGAUAACGGCAAAUUCGUUGGACACAGGAUACUACCAGUUCCUGCUCUCCAAACAGGAUAUCGCCAUAUUAAUCUUCGGAGUGAGACGAACCAGCCACUCACCAUGCCAGCUCUGUUUGUCCAUAUCGAAGUGAAGGACUUUGUGCCUGACACUUGGGCAGAUUUAACAAAGGCUUUGAUUGACCCAAUAGAAUUUGUUGGCUCCAUGAACAUGCCAUCCAAACAGGAGGAAACAGUGUCAUGUGAUCAGGUUGUCACAGACAAUACACAAACGCCGGACAGCAGCAAUGGAGCACCAGACACUAAUGGGCCAGGCACUCCCAACAUUCUAUGCACUGGAACUGAGGAAUCUUCCAAGGACAUUGCAGAGAUAGAGCCUCUGACUAUCGAUGAGCUAAAGACACAGAAAGCCUUUCUCAAAGUGCAGAAGAAACAGGAGAAGGAGAUAAAAGAACUCGAGCGGAAGACACAGAAGAAAAAAGAUGAUCUGAUACAGAAAUAUUCCAGCAGCUUCACGGAGCUUCGCCGGAAAAAUUCCGGCAAUAGCAAAGGACACAAGAAAAAAUGGAGUCUUGGCAACAUCCAGGAUAGUAUGCUCUGUGGGGAAUAUCCGAGUGUGACCAGCAUGCAAUGCAGUGGGUCAGUGACUGACCGAGUCAGUGAGCUCAGAGAUAAGCUGCAGACAGAUUUACAACGAGUGCAUGGAGAGCAGUACGAACUUAUCAAGAACAGAAAAGAACAACAUGUCUCUGAGCAAGUGUCCAAACUGCUGGAAAUAGCGAAGGAGAAACAAGCAGCAACCCUGAAGAGUUUAAAGGAGUCCUAUGAAAGUGAAAUGAAAGAAAUGAAGAAAAAGAUUGAGCUGAAGCGACAGGAGAAGAUUGAGAACAUGCUGAAGAGCACGGUGGAUAAGAGUAUCCAGGAGAAACGCAAGAAGGAAAUCAAUGAGCAUCAUAUUCAGAUGUCAGUGAAACUCUUUAAGCUGGCUUAUGUGAAUCAAACGAAUCUUGAGAGCAAGCUUGAAGAAAAGUAUUCAACAAAAUUAGAGGAAAUUAAGGAAAAGGAAAAAGAGUACCAGCAGGAGGUUCAGGACGAGUACGAGGCAAAAAUGACAGCCUUGCCGCAGUUGGUGGAAGAGCUGAGCAAGUUGAUCAUCACCAGCAAGUUCACCCCGGAGCUGGAGAGAACGCAGAGCCAAGAGAAAGAUGUGGAGGAACCAAAAGCACUUGAACCACUGCCACCCACAACAGAGAACACAUCAGAGAGUAUAGCAAAUGAAGAUGAGGAUGGUCCAGAAUAUCUUAUUGCUGUGCUAUAACUAACAAUAACACUAGUAAGCCCUGGAUCAGGGAUGUACUGCACAGAUACCAGGCUGAGGUCAGCAGAGAGAUGAGUUGAGUACUUUACACUGGUGCAGGGUAACAUGUGCUCCCUCGCUGAUUUAUAGCUUGCACGGUCUCACUUGUUAAUGUGCACACAUCGAGUUAGGGGUUGACACCCAUUGUCAGAUGGGUUGUCAUAAAAGUGCUUCCUCUCAUGGUCUAUCUAUAUUUUCUUGUGACAUUCCCUCUUCCGUAGUUACACGUCUCUCUUGUAAGGACUUGCAAUCGAUCAGUGACUUUUGUGACCGGGCAUUCUGGUCUCCGGUCCCCCUGUCAGUGAGACAUUUCCCCUUUGAGCUUGGUGAUAUUAAAACACGGAAACCACGUCUAUCCUGCCCUUUAUCUCUCCCUUCUCUUCGCCUCUGCCUUUUUAUAACAACAGGGGAAGUGACAUCUCUUGGAGAGCUAUCACAGAGGUGACAGUCCAAAUGAUUGGACUCUGCACUUUAACAUGUCAGUGAAAGGCUGUCUUUUUCAUCGGUUUGUUAAUCAGUUAGUUCCCUUGGAAUACAAGCUGUUCCACCUAUCCUUAAAAAAUUCAUUGUUGAAAGUGGAUUUUCUGCUCUGUUUACCCCAGGGGAGAUGUUUCCAGGUAUUGGAGGUAAACAUUAAUGUGCAGCAGGAGCUUGAUGGCUGAUCUCAUGGCAGAGACCUUGGGGAGCAUGCAUGCAGCAGUGAGGGUCUACUGGGACAAGAAUGAUGUGUUCACUAGAGCAGGUAGCUCACCAGCAAAGUGGCCUGCUGUUCAAGAAAUGCUGGGCUCCAUGUAGAUGCUGGGAUAAGAUUAAAACCUUUGUAGAACCACGAGUUAUAAAUAACCUUAAGUGGGUACAGUACCUCUUCCUCUGACUCAGCUUGCUAUGGUUUUCUGAAACUAUUUUCUGUGGUUUGUGUGAAGAACGAUUAUAGUACUUUUACCUUGACUUAAACAGCAGUUUGAGUG